GGACAGCAGAGGGCGCGCCGGCUUUCUGCGCUUCUUCUCCGCGCCUGCUCUCAGGCUGCUUGUGUUUGGGGGCAGUAAUCAUGGUGUAAACACACGGCCAUGGCUGAUGAGAGAGAAGGAGCUGACAACAACAACAUUAACGACGACAUGGGGAAUCAGCUGCAGCUCGUGCCGGAAAAUGAGGAGGUGGAAGAAGACGAGAUGGAAACUGAGGACCUGGACAGCGAGGGCGCGGAAAAGCCGAGCAUUAUCAACUUCGACCCCAGCCUGCCCACCUCGCACGCUUAUCUGGGUUCGGACAUGGAAGAGUUCCACGGGCGCACUCUUCACGACGACGACAGCGUACAGAGUAUCCCCGUCCUCCCUCACGCCACACUCAUCCUGAUCCCGGGGCAGACACUGCCGCUGCAGCUCUUUAGACCACAGGAGGUCAGCAUGUUCCGCAACCUGGUUAGCCGCGACCGCACCUUCGCCGUACUGGCAAACAGUCCGGACGCUGCCGAGGGAGAGGUGCAGGCGAAGUUUGGCACGACGGCGGAGAUUUACGCCUUUCGUGAGGAGCAGGAGUACGGCAUCGAGACGGUGAAAAUCAAAGCGAUCGGGCGGCAGCGCUUCAAAGUGCAUGACAUUCGCACACAGGCAGACGGGAUUCGUCAGGCCAAGGUGCAGAUUUUGCCAGAAAGGAUUCUGCAGGACCCUUUGAGUGCAGUGCAGCUCUCGCCUCGCUUACACAAACAUGUUCCAGACACCAGAACCACGCCACCGCAGAGCCAAGCACAACGCUGCCACACCUACAAACGGAAGAAGCUGUAUCCUGCCAGUAUGACCCGAUGGCCUUCCUGGGUUUACGCCUUGUACGACUCGGAGACUCUAAUGAGCCGAGUUAAGAAGCAGCUCCAUGAAUGGGACGAGAACCUCAAAGAUGAAUCUUUGCCUACUAAUGCUAUAGAUUUCUCCUACAGGGUGGCGGCGUGUUUGCCGAUAGAUGAUGCUCUGAGACUGCAGCUGCUGAGGAUUGGGAGUGCCAUUCAGAGACUCCGGUGUGAGCUGGACAUCAUGGACAGGUGCACAUCUUUGUGUUGUAAACAGUGCCAGGACACCGAGAUCACGACCAAGAACGAGAUCUUCAGUCUGUCUCUUUGCGGGCCGAUGGCAGCUUACGUGAAUCCUCAUGGCUACGUCCACGAGACUCUGACUGUCUACAAGGCCAGCAACCUUAACCUGAUCGGGAGGCCCUCCACACUGCACAGCUGGUUCCCGGGGUACGCGUGGACUAUCGCGCAGUGCCGGACCUGCGGUUCUCACAUGGGCUGGAAGUUCUCCGCUGUGAAAAAAGAUCUGAGUCCUCAGCGGUUCUGGGGUCUGACUCGCUCUGCGCUCUUACCCACAAUCCCUCAAGGCGAGGAGGGUGUGGAGGGCUCGCGCCUGCUCUGCCUGUGACCUCAGCACGCUGCAUAAGCACACAGAUCUCGCGCAUCACCCGUCCUUCAUCACACGCCACACCUCAUGGAAGCAGGAAGGAGGGAGAGAGAGAGAAAGCAGACACUAUGAGGCACUGAGAAUGCUGUCGACUUUAAUUCAGUUUAUCACAAUCAGAACGUCACGCACAGGAGAGCGAAGUGUGUGUGUAUAUGAGAUUCAUCAUAUCUUGUGUUUUUUUCUUUCUGUUUGAUGGAUAUAAAUCGGCUUUUCUGUAAGAUAAGCACGUGUGUAUAUAGGUGAGUGUGCCACUGUGACUGCAGAUCCAAACGGACAGCCUGUGAUUUAUUUAAAAAAAAAGAAAGAAAGAAAAAGUCUUCUCUUUGGUGAAUUACAGUAUAGUAGAUAUUUUUAUAGUUUAUAUCUUUUUUUUUUCCUUCCAUCUCCUGGAACAGUGAUGGGUUUCCGAUGUAAAUGUCUUUUAAGACGUGUGUUUAUAGAAAGAUGGCUGUGUUAUAGAGCGCAGUAAUGCAGAUGAUAUAAAGGGUCUCCAAUACACACUUAUUUAAGUACAUGCACAAACACACACACCUCACACACACUUUACACAGCUUGUGCAUCAUAAUUCUUCGUCUUUCAUCAUCGCAGGCGUAUUUAUGACCGUAAUAUUCCAAGGAUUCAUGCUGAUCAGUACUAAAUACUAAACAAUAAAAUCUGGAAUGUCUAUUUG